GGAACCCGGGCGGCGGCCGCCCAGGCAGGAAAUCGGGGCCGGGCCCCGGCGGCGCGCGAUCCCAUCCCAGCCCCGUCCCCACCGAGCGAUUCCCGGGCCGGGCCAUGGAUGCAGCAGAGCCGGGGUGUCAGGACCGCUGAUGGAGAGGGGCGACGCGGCAGGAUCCCCACCCGGCUCCUCCAUAGCCCGGGGAGGGAGCAGUGCUGAUCUGGGCUCCCUAGAAGGGGGCUGCAGCAGAAAUGUGGCAAGGGCUAACCCCGGCUCCUGAGAGCAGGAAGAGGUACAGUGACAUCUUCCGGAGCCUGGACAACCUCGAGAUCUCACUGGGGAAUGUGACCUUUGAGAUGCUGGUUGGAGACCCUGUGCUCUCAGGAGACCCAGAGCCUGACAAGACCCCCACAGCCACUGUGACUAGCGAAACCAGCCACUGGAGUGGCCCCUCCUCAGAAGGUCCUGCACCCCUCACAGGGGAGGAACUGGACUUGCGGCUCAUUCGGACCAAGGGGGGUGUGGAUGCGGCCCUGGAGUAUGCCAAGACCUGGAGCCGCUAUGCCAAGGAGCUGCUGGCCUGGACCGAGAAGAGAGCGAGCUACGAGCUGGAGUUUGCCAAAAGCAUCAUGAAGAUCGCCGAGGCUGGCAAGGUGUCCAUCCACCAGCAGAGCCACAUGCCACUGCAAUACGUCUACACCCUGUUUCUGGAGCAUGACCUCAACCUGGGAACCAUAGCCAUGGAGACGGUGGCCCAGCAGAAGAGAGACUACUACCAGCCUCUGGCCGCCAAACGGACUGAGAUUGAGAAGUGGCGGAAAGAGUUCAAGGAGCAGUGGCUGAAAGAGCAGAAGCGGAUGAACGAGGCUGUGCAGGCGCUGCGGAGGGCCCAGCUCCAGUACGUGCAGCGCAGCGAGGACCUGCGAGUGCGCUCCCAGGCGUCCCCCGAGGACAUGACCCCCCAAGCCUCGCUGGGACCCAGCAAGCAACAGGAGCGGCGGCGGCGCUCGAGAGAGGAGGCCCAGGCCAAGGCGCAGGAGGCGGAGGCGCUGUACCAGGCCUGCGUCCGCGAGGCCAAUGCGCGGCAGCAAGACCUGGAGGCCGCCAAGCGGCGGAUCGUGUCGCACGUGCGCAAGCUGGUGCUGCAGGGGGACGAAGUGCUGAGGCGGGUGACCCUGGGGCUGUUUGGGCUGCGUGGGGCUCAGGCGGAGCGUGGCCCCCGCACUUUUGCCACCCUGGCCGAGUGCUGCAAACCCUUCGAGCCUGGCCAGCGCUACCAGGAGUUCGUGCGGACCCUUCAGCCGGAGGCCCCACCGCCCCCGCCGCCUGCCUUCUCUUUCCAGGAGUUCGUGCCCACAAUGCACAGAAAGAAGCUCUCUGGCCCCCUGCCUCCGCAGCUGGAUGAGACUGUGGCUGAGCCAGGCCCUUGGGAGGACGCAGGCACUGGCUGGCAGGGGACUCCUGGCCCCACUCCAGGGAGUGAUGUGGACAGCGUGGGAGGUGGCAGUGAGUCUCGGUCCCUGGACUCUCCUACUUCCAGCCCAGGCUCUGGCACAAGACGGCUGAUGAAGGUCUCGUCCACAGGCACCGAGUCCUCAGACGACUUUGAGGAGCGAGAUCCUGACCUUGGAGAUGGGCUGGAGAACGGGACAGGCAGCCCCUUCAGGAAGUGGACACUGUCCAGUGCGGCCCAGACCCAUCGGCUGCGACGGCUGCGCGGUCCAGCCAAGUGCCGAGAGUGUGAGGCCUUCAUGGUCAGCGGGACAGAGUGCGAGGAGUGCUUUCUGACCUGCCACAAGCGCUGCCUUGAGACUCUGCUGAUCCUCUGUGGACACAGGCGGCUCCCAGCCCGGACCCCCCUCUUUGGGGUCGACUUCUUGCAGCUGCCCAGAGACUUCCCGGAGGAGGUACCCUUUGUGAUCACCAGGUGCACAGCUGAGAUAGAACAGCGCGCCCUGGGUGUGCAGGGCAUCUAUCGGGUCAGCGGGUCUCGGGUCCGCGUGGAGCGGCUGUGCCAGGCUUUAGAGAAUGGCCGAGCAUUGGUGGACCUGUCCGGGAACUCGCCUCACGAUGUCUCGAGUGUCCUUAAGCGAUUCCUCCAGGAGCUCACUGACCCCGUGGUCCCCUUCCACCUCUACGACGCCUUCAUCUCUCUGGCUAAGACCCUGCAUGCAGAACCUGGGCUCGACCCCAGGACCCCCAGCCCCAGCCCUGAGGUUAUCCGCUCGCUGAAGACCCUCUUGGUGCAGCUGCCUGACUCUAACUACAACACCCUGCGGCACCUGGUGGCCCAUCUGUUCAGGGUGGCUGCACAGUUUGAAGAAAACAAGAUGUCUGCCAACAACCUGGGCAUUGUGUUUGGGCCGACACUGCUGCGGCCGCCAGAUGGUCCAGGAGCAGUGGGGGCCGGCCCUGUCACCUGCCUGCUGGACUCUGGGCACCAGGCCCAGCUUGUGGAGCUCCUCAUUGUGUACUACGAGCAGAUCUUCGGGAUGGAUGAACUCCCCCUGGCCACCCAGCCUGCACCCCAAGACCCCAGCCCAGCCCCUGGGCCCCUCACAACCAGCCCCCAGCCACCACCCCCACAUCUUGCCCUAGAGCCCCUGCCCCCAGCCCUUACCUCAGACCCUGACCCAGACCCUGAGCCCCACGGUACCCUGGAGAAGCAUCCUGAGGCCAUGCCCCCCAAGAUACCAACUCCGCAGAGUGACCAGAGAGAGGAAGUGGCCGAAGACACCAAAGAUGAAGGAAGGGAAGCGCCCAGCCAAGGCCCUGAGGACUCAUCCCUGGGAACACAGUCCCGUGGCCACUUCAGCCGCCAGCCAGUGAAGUAUCCCCGGGGGGGCGUGCGGCCUGUCACCCACCAACUGUCCAGCUUGGCGCUGGUGGCUUCCAAAUUGUGCGAAGAGACCCCUGACACAUCAGUGCCCCAAGGAAGCUUGCGGAGGCGGGGGCCUGGCCUUGCCGCCGCCUCCCCUGAGGGCAGCCCCCUGCGCCGCACCCCGCUGCCCAAGCAUUUUGAGAUCACCCAGGAGACAGCCCGGCUCCUCUCCAAGAUGCACAGCGAGGCUGUGCCCAAGGCCACCUGCAGCCGGGACCCCCAACCUGAGGAAGUCGAGGACCAUCUCUGACCAUCCCAGCACUCUGACCAAGGGGCCAAGGACUGAGAAGAUGGAUCCACUUCUCCCCAGGAGUUCAAUGUUGGAGGUUCUGGAGAGUUCCUAUAAGGAAAGACUACACAGCCUGGGGGAAGACUAAAACCCUUUUUGGGGCAACGUACCAGGAUUUCCCCCACUGAACACAGGUCGCUACCAAGCCUCAGGGCCACUCAGGAUCAGAGGUCACUCAGGGUCAAUACUCAGGGUCAAUACUCAGGGUCAAUACAGGUCACAGGAUCCUUGGGGUCCACCCUAGUCUCUGACCCCUGGAACAGGGGUGCCUUUUGCUACUUUGGUUGUGGACACGCCCCCAUCUCCACCUGCUUCUAGCUGACCCCAAGUGACCAGCUCAGGAGGCACAUCCUGGUGGUGCCUGGGGUCUGAUGGCCUCUGAAUAAACUGUGUGUCCUUUA